AUGUUGUCUUGGAAGAAAAGCAGCGCUGAUAUUUCCGAGGAAGCGCCCACGUUUCAAGUGCGGUACAUCGGCACAACCGAAACUUUUGUUCCCGUUGGACAAGGAUGUGCCACGCAGCCCCUACAGCGACUUUGGGACAACGCGCCCAGCGAGAAGAACCUGCACAAAGUUCUUGUGAAGUUAAGUUCACACGGCAUACACAUGGAUGAAUUAGACAAGAAAAACAACAAAGACGUGCCUCAUCGGUGGUUCAGCAUUGAAGAUAUUUCCUUCUGUGCCGCAGAUAAGAAUGUCAACGAUCGGUUGUUUUGCUGGAUUACCAAAGAUCCAAACUCGGGUAAGUUGGAAGUCCACGCGGUACUUUGUAGCUCUCAAGAAAAGGCUCGAACGAUGGCCUCUGUCCUGUCUCGGCAAUUCCAUUUAGCGUAUAAAGAUUGGAUGGCCGAGAGGCAGCGAGAGAAGAGAAAAGAAGCUACGAGUUCAAUGACUUGUCUAGACGACAAACAUGGUCGUGCAUUUCAGGGAUGCUUUUUUCCUACUAAGAGGGAAGCAGUGAUCUUGUUAAAGAAGAACCCUUCAUAUGGAGCCGAAAAAACGGAAGAUCAAACAACAUUUGAGUCGCAGAAAAACUGA